AGAGCCUGUGAGCUCUAAACUGGGAGGUUCUGGUCCCAGGUUGAUGGAAUCUGAGAAGUGGAAGGACCAUGGAGAUCACCAAAUCCAGAUACCUUCCCAAUGCUGGAAUCCUCUCCACAAUAUUCUGUCAGUCAGGCUGACUCUUGAUCACUUACCCCUCCCCAACAAAGAGUAUGUAUUUUUCCUCCAUACAUUUUUGAAGCUACUCAGUCCUCUUUCCAUGAUAAGUUGUUCUUUAUUCCCAAGCCAAGAUCUGCCUCCUAGGAACUCUCACCAUUGUAACCAGCUCUCCCCUUCGUAGCCACACAGAGCAGAUCUCCUUUGUCCAAAAUCAUUAAAGCCAUCUAUUUUCCUACUUGCCAUCCCCCUGUUUCCCACCUGUGGUCUUCUCAGGCCAAAAUAUUCCUGGUUCUUUUCAACAGCUUCUUAUUUCAAGGAUUCUAAUGCAAUGGAAAGAUUCAAACAAUAAUAUAAUGAACACUCAACUCUCCACCAACCACAAUUAUCAACAAUUAAGAUUUUAUCGUAUUUUUUUCUUAAAUAGAGACAUUAAAACAUUACAGAAAUAAUUAUUUCCCUUUGAUCAUCUCUUCCAGUGUCAUCCUCCUCCUUCCUCAGUGUCAUGCAUAUAUAGGAUGCUCCAGGAUGAAACGCCAUAGAACUCUCAGCAGCAGUGACAGUUCAGAUGACUGUCCUUCCACUUCCUUUACUCCCAGCUCAAUGUAUAGGAGCAAGUCAAAAAUUCCAAAAGAACACAAGAAGCCUGCUGAGGUAUUCCGGAAGGACCUCAUCAGUGCCAUGAAACUUCCAGAUUCUCAUCAUAUUAGUCCUGACAGCUAUUACCUCUUUGCCGAUACAUGGAAGGAAGAAUGGGAAAAGGGAGUCCAGGUACCAGCCAGUCCAGACAAUAUUCCACAGCCUUCUGUCAGGGUUGUGGCUCAGAAAGUAAAGGAUGUUCUGUUUAUGCGGCCCCGGAAGUAUAUCCGCUGCUCCAGCUCGGAAAGCACAGAACCUGGCUACAUCAACAUCAUGGAGUUGGCAGCAUCUGUGUGUCGCUAUGACCUAGACGACAUGGACAUCUUCUGGCUCCAGGAACUCAAUGAAGACCUCGCAGAAAUGGGUUGUGGGCCAGUUGAUGAGAAUCUUAUGGAAAAGACAGUAGAAGUCCUGGAACGCCAUUGCCAUGAAAAUAUGAACCAUGCUAUUGAGACAGAGGAAGGGCUAGGCAUAGAGUAUGAUGAAGAUGUGAUCUGUGAUGUGUGCCGGUCUCCAGACAGUGAAGAAGGGAAUGAUAUGGUGUUCUGUGAUAAGUGUAACAUCUGUGUACAUCAGGCCUGCUACGGCAUCCUCAAGGUCCCAGAAGGCAGCUGGCUGUGUCGUUCCUGUGUCCUUGGCAUUCAUCCACAGUGUCUGUUAUGUCCAAAGAGAGGUGGGGCCAUGAAGACUACCAGGACAGGGACUAAAUGGGCUCAUGUCAGCUGUGCCCUGUGGAUUCCAGAGGUCAGCAUUGCUUGUCCUGAGAGGAUGGAACCAAUCACCAAGGUGUCCCACAUUCCACCCAGUCGAUGGGCCUUAGUUUGCAGCCUGUGCAAGGUGAAGACGGGGGCCUGCAUUCAGUGCUCUGUGAAAAGCUGCAUCACUGCCUUCCACGUCACCUGUGCCUUUGAGCACAGCCUAGAGAUGAAGACCAUCCUAGAUGAGGGGGAUGAAGUGAAGUUCAAGUCAUACUGCCUCAAGCACAGCCAAAACAGGCAGAAGCUCAGGGAGGCCGAGUACCCCAUGCACAGGGCUACUGAGCAGAGCCAGGCCAAAAGUGAAAAAAUCAGCCUGCGGGCGCAGAAGCUUCGGGAGCUGGAGGAGGAGUUCUAUUCCCUGGUCCGCGUGGAAGAUGUGGCCACAGAACUGGGGAUGCCCACGCUAGCUGUGGACUUUAUCUAUAACUACUGGAAACUGAAGCGGAAAAGUAACUUCAAUAAGCCAUUAUUUCCUCCGAAGCAGGAUGAAGAAAAUGGCCUGGUGCAGCCAAAAGAGGAGAGUAUUCACACUCGCAUGAGAAUGUUUAUGCAUCUACGCCAAGACCUAGAGAGGGUGCGAAAUCUGUGCUACAUGAUAAGCAGGCGAGAGAAGCUGAAACUGUCACAAAACAAAAUACAGGAACAGAUCUUCGGUUUGCAAGUCCAGCUUAUCAACCAGGAAAUGGCUGCAGGACUUCCUUUGACAAGUACACUAGAAAACUCAUUGUUCUACCCGCCUCCAAGAAUUACCUUAAAGUUAAAAAUGCCGAGAUCAGCCCCGGAAGACUGCAGAAACAGCUCCACAGAGCCUGAUCAUGGACCCCUCUCUCCUGCCAGCAGCUCCCCUGUUCCCGGUAUAAGGAGCAUGCAGGUGCCUCAGGAGUCACUAGAAAUGAGAAUGAAAUCGUACCCAAGACAUCCACUAGAGAGCAAGAGUAACCGUCUGCUGGCCAGUCUCACCCACUCUAGAAGUGAAGCAAAGGACCCCAGUCCUGCUUGGAGAACUCCAUCCCCGGAGUUCUACCACGGGCAGUCACUGGGAAAGCCUCUGGUCCUCCAGGCUGCCCUGCAUGGCCAUUCUUCCAUCGGGAAUGGGAAGAGUCAGUCUACCUCCAAGCUUGCCAAAUCCAACGGCCUGGAGGGCAGCUGGUCUGAAGAUGUCACCCAAAAAGACAGCUCAAGUGAGGUGUUCUGUGACCAGGAGUCCAUGCUCAGCUCCCACUUGGCCAGUCAGGGCGCCUUUAGAAAAUCGACCGUGGAACACUUCAGUAGGUCCUUUAAGGAAGCCACCAACAGGUGGGUGAGGACCACGGAGGACCUCCAGUGUUGUGUGAAGCCAACCAAGAACGUCAGCCCCAAGGAGCAGCUCUGGGGCAAGCAGCUUGUGAGGCGGUCUGCAGGGAGAGCUCCGUAUCAGGAAAACGAUGGGUAUUGCCCAGAUUUGGAGCUGAGCGAUUCAGAAGCAGAGAGUGAUGGGAAUAAAGAGAAAGUCAGGGUAAGGAGAGUUAGCUCGGACAGGGAAAAUCCUGCCCACGACUCUCGACGGGAUUGCCACGGUAAAAGCAAGACACAUCCCCUUUCCCACACUUCAAUGCAAAGGUGAUCGGAAACCUCCAAGAAUAGCUCAGUCUUUGCCUUUGCCCCAUACACUGGGGCAGACCCCCACACCAAAAGGAUUCUAGUGUACUUUAGGAGGAACUGUAGUGAAAGAAUAAAACGUUUCACAGCGAAUUGACUUGCAGUUUUUGAAACCGCUUCAAGUCUACUUUUCGCAAGCACAUUCUAGGAAUUACAGAUUGUCCAGAAGUCUUUUCUGCCAGAGGCUGUUGAGAACAGCUGGGCCCAGAGUACUUGCUCAGUAAAUACUUUGGGACAGCUCUCCAGUCCUGUUAACACGUUGAUGCACAUAUGUAUUAAGAGUCCUUGCAUCGUUAACGCAUUUGCAAGAGACCGUGAUUAUCAGACACUAAAACUACUUCCCUUUUGAAGCUAUGGCACGUGACCUCCCACAGCUCCUGUCUGUAGGAAGUUGCUAACUCCAUUGGUACCUGGAAACCCGCUUCAGGGAGAGCCCAGGGACCAACAUCUCAGAUACUGUCAGAUUCACUACCCUCUUCCUUGGCUCAGCACAAGGUUGAGCUCCUUUCGCAGUAUCUUACCUACCAAGUCAAUACUCCUGAUGCUUCUUAAGUGUCCAGUGCCUGUUCCUAGACUUGCUGGUCAGGGGCGCACUUGUAACUACUUGGCCCAUCUAACGAGCGUGAGAGGCUAACUUGUGGAUAGUGUUUACAGAGGUACAAGGAAAAUGCUCAGAUUCUCUCCACUUAGGCGUUUGGGAGGGAUCCCAGAGCCUUUCCCAAAGUGAGACCAAUUCCGGAGGAUUUGUACCAGGUCAGGGGUUUUGUGUUCUUGUUUUCAAAUCAGUUUGACUUAAAUAAGUUUGGCUGACCGUUUUUUGUAUACCUGCUUUAAUGUUUAUAAAGUUUCUAUUGAGGUAUAAUUAAAAUAUAGUAAGAUGCACAGAGGUUAAGUAUUCUUACCUGCUUUAAUUUUGAAACAGAUUUUUAUUGUCAAACAGAAUUUGAAAGCAUGUGUUUAACACAUGGAUAUAAUUUAGCUUUGUACCAACUUCGAAUCCGAGGCAGUUCCCCACACAAAAAGGCUGGAGCCGUUUUUCAGAAGUUGCUUAUACCCUGUUCCCAAACAAUCAGCCUUGAAUAAUUUGUGGGAGGAAGAGAAUAAUUACAUUUCGGGGGGGGGGGGAUAAAACAUGUCUGCUUCCCAUUUAAAAGAAGGGGAACAUGUUACAGUUUUUAAAAUGUGAAGCCGACUAUAAUUCUCUGCUCUCUCUUCUUAGCCUUAAAUUAAUAUUCUCUUUCUUCUGGUUUGGGAAAGCAUAGUGGGAAUUUUCAGACAAAAAGAGGCCAUUUUUCGAUCUUUAAAGUUGGUUCCUGGUAAAGCAAACAGCCCAGCUGCAGUGGGCGCGCCAGUGGCCCAAGGGCAGGCCAGGGCCCCUCUGUCCCCUCCCCCGGUGCAGGAGCCUCGGCGGCGUUUCUGUCCCCACUUCUGUUCUCGAAGCCUUGUUAAUGGGUCCUGUGGCUCGUGUUUUCUCCUCCCUUUUGGAAAACUUCUGUAUUUUGCCUCCUCUUUGGCCACACCUUGAAAAUGUUUCUUUUAUGCCUGUGUACACGUGUGAAUGUGCCAGAGCACGUGUGGUAGGCGUCCUGUGUUUUGUUUGAGUGGAAGCAGCUAAGAAUCAUCCACACGAGGAAGACUGUUCCUCCUUAUGGACGCACUAGGUUUCUGUGCUUUUCCCUCUGAGCUCUGCUGGGGUAGAUGUGAAUUUGACACCUUCCCUCUAAGGAAGAGGUACCGAGCUCUGCUAUAGGGGCCUUCUGUUGCGCUCGAGGCCAGUAGCCCGAGUCCUUUCAUGCCUUUUGGUUCUGAGUGAGUGCAAGGAAAAGCAAACAUUGAAAAAGUGCUUCAGCCAAAUUCCAUAUGUAAUGCCAUGGGGAGAGUAUUGACUAAAAUAACUUCAGUCAGGGAAAUAUAGUUGUAAUAUUUUUACAAGAUUUUCCUAAGUAAAUGAAGGAGCCUUCAGUUGUGUAAAUUUCAAUUGCCCCAAAAUGUAUUUGCUACAUUUUGCUGUUGUUUGAAGUAUUACCUCUUAACCUUCUUUUGUUAAUUUUUUUUCAUUUUGUCUUAUAUAGUCCAGUUUUCCAAGACAAAUUCAGUCUUUUUUCAAAUGUCACCUUUUUACCAAUACUUUUUCAUUAAAUUAUGAAAACUGCUAA